AUGUCCUCGGUGCAGAGUGCCCGGGGCCCUGUGCUGUGCUCCAGCUCCUGGCUCUGUCAUGAUGAUGAUCUCUUCUCUGUGCUCCAUGUCACAGGCCCGGUCCAGCCUGAUACCACCACUCCGGGGACCACAGCAAGGGAGGAGUGUGUGGUUUUGGAGCUUCAAUGUCCCACAGGUGAUGUUGUUCCCUGCACCCUGACCAUCUCCUGUUUUGCACAAGAGACACACCAUAUACUGGACAUCAGCUUAUGCAGUGGAGCCAGAACCAUAGAGGUUUACAGCAUCUCUGCGGAUGGUCAGGAGGAGGAAUAUUUGGGUACCAGUCGAGGAGAAAAAUGUACCUUCAGAAGUUGUGGAGAUGAUGAGCCCUUUGCCUUGUACAGAGCAUACUUGAAGUUCGAUUUUCCUGUGCCCGCUUGUAAAGUCAAGCUACUUUCACUUGGAGAAAAUCAAAGUGUCCUUGUGGGGGAUAUUGCAGUGCAAGUGACGUCCAUUCCCGAGAGAUGCUCCCAGACUCCAUCUUUGUUGGGGACAUCCAUUAAUCUGGAGCGUGUGCAGAGUAUGAUGGACAGCAUGGGCGGGAAAAUGUCACCUGGAGCCGAGCAGCUUAUGAAUAUGGUGCGAGCACAGCAGAAGAAUCCGGCUCCAUUUGGGUCUCACUUACUGCAACUGUUUGGCAGCUUCCAGCCUCAUGCUUAUCAGAACAAAGAGGGCCCUAAAGAAGAAACUCUCCAACUGACCAAAACGAUUCCUAAUACAAGGCUGGAAGCUGCACAGAGUCAUCCCUCCUACCAACAACCAUCGCCCACCGAUGUCAAGUCUAUGAUGUCUUCAUUUCUGCAGAACCAGCUGGGUCAGGCUGUCUCUCCUGACUCUGUUUUGCCUCUCCUGCAAAAUCUUACUGUACAGAGGAACACUGAUGGCGACAGUGGAGGAAAGUCAUGUUCAAUGCCAAGAGAGAACAAGCUAGAUCCAGCUUUAGAGAAAGUGCUGUCUGCUCACAUGGAGCGUAUGGAGAUUAAUCUUAUGAAGCACAUUGAUCAGAGGAUAACAUGUUUACAGGAGCACCUGGACACCAGAAUAGACCAGUUAUUAGUAUGUGUACUGGAGAGAGGCGGCAAGUCUAAACCACAUCCUGGAACUACUGGAGACAAACUUGUCAACGGGCACAUGGAUUACACACAUGACAUACACUGA